AUGCUGAAGGCCAUGUCUGAGAAAGGUGAAGCCGAACUGCAGGAUGAAAAGGUCCAGUAUGCCAAGUAUGCCCAGUGGUGCGAGAGCACCAAGGCUGAGAAAUCCACUGCUGUGGAUGAAGCCACGGGAAAAAUUGAGGUGUUGAAAGCCGACAUCGCCAAAGCACAGACCGAUGCCGAGGUGCUGGCCAAGGACAUCGAGGAGCAUGGCGCUCAAAUUGAAAAGAUCGGAGGGGAGAAGACCAAGGCAGAAGAGGUGCGCAAGAAGGAAGCUGAGGACUACGCAGUGGAGUUCAAGGACUAUUCCGAAUCAGUGGAUGCCAUUGGAAGAGCCCUGGAGACCUUGGAGAAGCAGGCUGGCAGCCAUCCUCAAGCCUUGAUCCAGUUGGGCACGGGACGACAUGCCCAGGAAGUGCGAAAGUUGGUUGCGCUUGCUACACCCAAGGCACCCGCAUAUGACUUUCAGUCUGGCAACAUCACUGGAAUGUUGAAGACGCUCCAAGAUCAGUUCGUGACGGAGAAGCGAGAGCUGGAAAAGGCCGAAACGUCCAAGGUGCACAGCUACCAGCUGCUGCUGGCCAGCCUCAGCAGUCAGCAGGAAUCCGAGGGCGAGGACGCCUCGUUGGAAUUUCAGAAGUCGCUGAUCACCAGGACAGAUCAGCUUGAGAGGCGGUUGGAGGAAGCUGAACAGUCAGGUGAACCCCGCGGCCCUUCGGGCCGAGAUCGCCUGCGGCUUCAGAACCGCUUCUACAGUGUGUGUGCCGACUAUCACGGCAGGGUCCUGCCUGAGAUUCGCCAGUCUCUACUUGUCUCGGAGACUGGCGAGGCUAAGGUAGAGUAUCAGCCUUGCCAUUUAGUUACACAGACUGAAGGUGAGGAAUGCAUCAUCAAUUUGGUGCCAAUAGCAUUGCAUCAAGGAAAGCUUCUUGUGGCCGCUCCUGCCGAAGCGUGGAGCCGCACAGUGGCAGACCGGCUGCUGCCAAAGAAUUCAUUCAAGAAGCCAGUUUUGGUAGAGGUUUUGACCGCUACGGUUCUCGCACCCGAAGAGCUGCGAGCCGAAGCGCCUAUGAACGUGUGGGUAGGCCUUUUGGAAAGAGCUUGGAGCAUGCAGUUGGAGCCAGGCCGCCACGAGCUGCCCACAGCAGACAUUUGGCAUCUUUUGCCGGAAGGGGAUCACAGCAUUCCAUACGGGCCCGGCUUGGCCCAAGUUUCAGAAGAGCAUUUUGCCUUUCUGACGGCUCAGAGUGGGGACGCCGCCGAAGAGCCGCCUCCCGAGCCCAGUUUUGCACCUUCGCACGGUGGUGCGAGAUCCGGUCUGAGCGAUCCGCCUCCGGUUUUGGAGUCUCGAAUGGCAGCUAUGGAGAAGACGCUGGCUUCAAUGCAGGGAGCGCUAGAGCGCCUAGCUGGGGAGCCUCCUCGGCCGUCAGCUCUGCGAAAGCCAGGCGUGAAACCAGCCAACCCCACUCCGGCGAGAUUGCGAGCAACUUUUGCUCCAGGCACCAUUCCAGGAUUAGACCCGACCGUGGUCCAGUCAGCUUUGGACGCUGGCAUACCAGAAGAGCAGCUGCGCACUUUGAGCGGCCUGUUGCAGAAGCCCAACCAGAUGGGAGAUGCUCCUUUGCCAAGCACCAGCAGCAAGCGACGCAAGAGCGUCUCGGUGUUGGAGGAGACAGACGACGAAGAAGAAGUAGAGGCCGACAGAGAAGACGGUUUUGGAGUGGAGGAGGACGCCCUACCAGACGAGAAGGCUGGCACGGGAGAUCCCGUAGAGCAGGCACUGCUAAAGCUGACGGAGAUCGUCGGUACUUUGGCAAAAGACAAGAGGCCGCGAGACCUCGAUGCCAUGCUCGACGGCUUAGAUCCAGAGGUAGGAGAGGCUUCGAGCUCUGGGUCAGGCAAAGGCAAAGCUGCAGUUUACAAAAAGCUGCAGAGCAGUUUGACCGAGAAUCCAGCAGUGAUCUACCAGACCAUCGAAGCUCAGUUGGAGAAGGACUUCAACCUGAUGCGAGCGGCUCCAGGAGCCACGAUGCAGCAGACAUCAGCCAGAGCCUGGUUGGAGCAUCGCCCGCGGCUCGGGUAUUACCCGACCACCAUUCGCUAUGCUUGGGCGCUGACGGGCAUUUGGGACGCGCUCCGCAGUGGGGCCGUCAAAGAAGCCAGAGCCCGCUGCGCGCUGGCUGUGGCGGCGUGCGAUCAGUCUUCCAUCGAUCAAGGCAGCUGGCUUCUCAGCCAAGAGGUCCUGUUGGAGCAGCCUGCUCCUCUUCAGUCUUUUCAGGGCCGCAGGAGCCCGGAACCUUGGGAGCAGAGCGGGUCGAAGCUUCUGGACGAACGCUGGUUGGAAGUCUUCAUGUGGAGGCUGAAGAGCAAGGACAGCUAUCUGGAAUCCAGAAAGCGCCUGAAUCAGACUGGAGGAAAAGGCAAGACCGAUGCGGGAGGAGGAGCCCCGCCCAAGACAGAACGCGACAAGGACGCCACUAUGACGGCCGAUGCUGGCGGCCGAAAAGUGCCCGGAGCAGGCGCUACCAGCGUUUUGGGCUAUGAACUAUGGAAUGGCCUUUUUACCGCGCUUUCUCGAGGGAGAUCGCGCCUAAAACUUGCUUGGUUCCACGCCAGGGCAUCCCGUGCUCAGACUCGGGCACCACCUGGGGCACUGUGGCCUUUGCCGGUCCCCUUUCCUGAGCUCCAUAGAAAAGGAGCAAACCGUGGCCAGAAGGAUGCCAGUAGAAAGCUUGGCUUGAACUACUGUGUCAUCGUGCUCAACUACUUGCAUGGCUCCGAACGUCACUGGAAGUCAGUGAUUCCUCCGCUUGGCACACCGCUGAAUGGUUCCCAGUGGGAUUUAGUGCAGAGGCUGAGGAGACAGGUAGAUGUUUGGAAUGCAGAAGCAGUUGUGACUAGCGCGGAAAUGGGCAGAUCCGCGACAAAAGUUGAAAGCCUUGAGGAUGUGCUGAACCAGCUGCAGGCAGAAGCUGAGCUCGUGCACUCUGGGCUCAAGAGCUAUGGCAGUAAAGCAGAGGAGAGACUGAGGACUGAUUGGGGCAUGAAGGGGGCACCGGGAAGCGUUGUUGGUAAACUAGAUGUUGCACCAGCUCAUCCUGCAAAAGCUCUUGAACCUGAUCGGCUGCAGUUUUGGGGGGAACCUUCUUUUGAUCCGCGACCCUUUAUGGAUCCGGCCAACGUCUCAAUGUUUGAGUUCCCCUUGCAGCAUGCCAUCGACCCUGCUGAGCUGCCAGAGCGUCCUCCAAGAGAGGACGAGCGUUUGUACUUGUUUGCUGAAGACUUGCGUGAGUUUUACCAUGCCUUUGUGAUUUCCGAAGAGAGGAUCCUGCGAAAUGCCUUAAAGAUGAGCUUCAGACCAUGGGAGCUGAAAGCAUUAGAGUGUUUUUCACACAGAUUGCUGCGAGAGAAGAGUGUCACUCCUUGUCUCAAGACCAUGGCGAUGGGCGACACCAAUGCCGUUGCAUUUGGCCAAGCCUCGCAUCUGGGGGUUCUCCUUCAAAGUGGUGCUUUAGAGUUGGACCAUUUCAUUACGUUGCUGGGUAGACCACCAAGACAAAGGUGGCUGGCUGGGCUCAUGAUCGAUGAUUUAGUCCUUCUAGAAGCCAGGCCUGACCAGGCGACUGAGGAGACAGAAGCUGGGGCGGCGCAGGCUGAGCUAGACUGCAGCCAGCGAAUCCGCCAAGUGCGCGAGCAGUAUGAGAAAGUGAGACUUCCGAGACACUCUGGCAAGGCUGUUUUCAAUGAGACGAAAGGCAGUUUUUGGGGAGUACAGAUGGAUGGUGUUGCUGGUGAUUUGCGCCCAAAUUUGAAGCGCAGUAUUCCCUUGAGUCACAUCAUUCUGCGAGUCUUGAAUCUAGGCUGCUGCACUGUCGCUCUUCUAGAAGUGAUAGCUGGUUCCUUGGUUUCAAUUUUCUCUUUGCGGAGGCGUUUCAUGAGCGUGUUGCAGGAGAUUUAUGAGGCACAGAAGAAUCGGCAGAGAAACGAAAUUGUUCGUUUGUCACCAGAACUGCAAGAUGAGCUGUGUUGCUCGCUGGCCCUCGUUUCUCUCACUCACCUAGAUAUGCGGCUUCGCCCCUCUGACUAUUUAGUUGCUUCAGAUGCAUCUUCUACGGCAGAAGGAGCUGUGGCCACAAAGAUAGGGCAGAAAGCCACAGAGGAACUGCAACGUCAUGCGCUCCAAAAAGGGCUGUGGAAUAGGCUGGUUAGUCCUGCUCAGGCCUACUUGAGAGAAAAAGGGAUCGAGGACCUAGAAGCUUGCGAGUUGCCGGAAGGAGAGUAUGACAUGCAUCCCCUUUGGCAGGAAAUUGUUGAGACUCAGGAGUUUGCGCUUUUUGGUGCAGUGAAAAAGGUGCGCAAACGAAGACACAUCAACCUGGGAGAGAUUUCAGCGGCAUUGCAAGCUGAGGUAGAACAGGGCAAGAAACAGCCAGACAGUUUUUAUUUACAUUUGCAAGACUCUCAAGUCUCUCUUGCUGCUCUCACAAAGGGCAGGACUGAAGCCGAGUGGCUGACUGACCUGAAAGCGGGCGAGUACGAAAAGCUUGAGGCUGCAUUAGCAGAAUGGGAUCUGACCAUCUCCGCUCUUCGCCAGCUGCCUGAUGAAUCCGAACUGCUUGCGCCUGCGCCGGUCGACAAGAGGACGGGCCUAGAGGCCCGAAAGCAGAGGAGAAAAGACCGGCGCAAGCAUGCAGCUGAGGUAAAGGCGAAGGCAGCCGAAGCAGUUCAGCAUGAGGUGGAAGAGCGGCAGGCCUGCAGUUUGAGUGAGGAGGCUCUUGCGCUUCUUCGUAGUUUUCCUGAAGAUCAGUUUAUUUGGCACCAGAAGUUUGCGUCGCUUGAGGACGCUCUGCAAAGUGGCGCAGGAGUGCUAGAUUUGUUUUCAGGGUCUAGAGGUUUUGCUCGCGCUUGCGCGAAGAUGGCAGAGACUUGGGUCCUCACCUUUGACAUUGCCCACAACGUCAAUGAGGACUUGCUGCAGGGUCCCCUCCAAAGUAAGAUCACUAAGUUACUCAGACUUAAAGCCUUCCGAGCCAUGGGAGCGGCGCCCGUUUGCUGCUCAUUUAGCACUGCUAUCACGCCUCCGUGUCGCUCGAAGCAGCACCCGGAUGGUGUGCCUUGGUGUUCAGAGAAGCAGAAAGUGAAGAACGAGCUGGGAAACGAGAUGCUGCGCUUUGUGCUUAGCCUGAUUCCGAUCUGCUUGGCGUUUGGUGUAAUUUUCUUUGUAGAAAACCCAGAUGGUUCAUGGAUGUGGCGCCAGAGAGGAAGUUUAGCUUGGGAUCCUGUUUUGGGUACGGGAAAAAUAGGCGAUCUUCGCCUUGACUACUGCCGCUUCGGGACCCGCUGGAGGAAGCGGACUCGGUUCCGUACGAACUCACACCUGAAAGGGCAAAGAGUGUUUUGCCGGUGCAAUAAGCCGCACAUACAGUUGCGGGGAAAGUGCAAGCAUACUGGUGUCAACUUCACUAAGUUGGCUGAGCCGUAUCCAAGACAAGUGUGUUUUGCUCUGGCUUCUGGUUUGCUGCGCGAUGCAGGUUUCCUUGGCAAAUGCGGGAAAGUUGAUGUAGCUGCAUGUGCAAAGGUCACGCAUGCUCGGAUUGGCGAAGCUUCCAAUCCGGGACCUCGCCGUGGCGUUCCAGAUCGAGCCCCGGAAGAUUUGGCGCGGGCGGAGCUGCUUGAACCCGCCACUAUUGCGGUUCGGCACCGCAUGCUGACUCAGUUUUUCGACUGGUUUGACUCCAAUUGUGGCGGAGCCUGCUUCGUGGAAUGGUCAGCUCGAGUGCCCGGGCUUGCAGUCUCAGCCCUGGUCGCUUUUGGCCAUCACUGUUUUGCAGCUAGCGUGCCCUUGCACUACUAUAGGCAGCUUUUAGCGCAUUUUCAGAAGAUUCACUUGCAACUGCGACCAUUUAUGGCCAUUGCCUGGCAGCUCGUGACCAAAUGGGAGCUGCUUGAACCGGUACAACAUAGACCGCCACUGCCUGAGCCUUUGUUACAAGCUAUGACUACUUUGGGCAUUGCUUGGAAGUGGGACCGCUGGGCAGCUGCGCUCUUGGGGUGUUUUUAUGCAAUCUGCAGAAUAGGAGAGUUUCUAUCUGCUCGAAGGAAAGACAUUUUGACGCCGCAUGAUCUCCUUUGUGAAGACGAUGUCAUUUAUGUUCGCAUUUUACUUCCCAAGACCAGGCGCCGUGGAGCUUCCACGCAGUAUGCCACUAUUAGCGAGCCUUCUGUAGUUCGUUUUCUGGUUUCAGUUUGGCAGGAACUGCAGCCCAAUGAUUUGCUCUAUGGUGGUUCGCCUUCUGCUUUUAGGCAUGCCCAUAGCAGAUUUACUUUGGAGGAUGAUAAAGAGCGGAAAGUGGGGCUCAAGGCCAAAAAAAUGCAACUCAAAGCAUCCAAAGAGGACGAACUCACCACAACCAGCAGCUCCAAGGACGCGGACACCAAGUACUUGGAUGAUGUGACCGCCACAUGUCGGCAGAAGGCGGCAGACUACGAGUCCAAUCAGAAGCUUCGCACGGACGAGUUGGAGGCCAUCUCCAAGGCGGUUCAGAUCGUGUCGCAGAAGCUCUCCCUGUUGGAGGUAAACUUCCAGAGCCUUUUGCAGCUGAGGAAGGCGCAGUGGCGCAGUCGCGCAGUGGCCGAAUGGGAGGCCACUUCCCUGGCCCUGCUCCGCAGUGCCAAGAAUGAUGAUGUGCUCAAGGCCAAGCUGUUGGGCUUUUUGCAAGGCGAAGCACAGCGUUUGAAGAGCGCCGCGUUGACCAAUCUGCUGGAGCCAGUGGCAACAGCAGCUUUGGGCAAAGUGAGGGAGACGAUUGAAGGUGUGAUCCAACGGCUUGAGGAACAGGACAACCAGGACACCGAAAAGCAGACCUGGUGCGCCUCGGAACUCAAGAGCAACGAGAAGAAUCGCAGGUCCAAGACUGUGAUGGUGGAUGAGUUGAAUGCCGACAUCGAUCGUCUGAACACAUCGAUCAUCUCCCUGGGCGAGGACAUCGGGAGCAUGCAGAAGGACUUGUCGGAUUCCGCCGAGACCGUGACGCUGGCCCUGGCCCUGGUGGCCUUACUGGGCGUCACGGUGCAGCGGGCCUUCAUAUUGGCAGGUCCUAUGGGUCAACCCGCACGACGAGCAGCUACAACCCGCACGCGACGUAUGGCCGUGGACAGCGGACCCAUUAGCCAGGAGGACCUGGAAUUUUUGAAGACCUCCGGGGUGGACAUGACUGAGGUGCAGGCGGAUUCCAGUGUUGGUGACUUUUUUGAGGCAUUGCUGCCAAAGACAGGUGUGACUCCUGACUUCUUGGGCAAGAUCUUUCUGUUUGGCCUACUGGUGACUAUCAUCAGUGCCGGUGCCAACGCCCUGUUCGACAAGUUUGUACUGGGCAAGGAAGUCAAUAUUGACCUGUCAGGCCGUACAAGCAAGGUAGGCCGCAUCCUGCGAGGAGAAGAUGUGAGCAACCUCCCAGAAGACGAGUCGGAGCUGGACUUCUACAAGGGCAGCCUGGAGGACUUGGGCAAGAUCCGCGAUGAGGAGGCUCGCCAGGGCUUGGAUCCCUUGGCCAAUCUGGGCAUCAAGAGGUCGAAGAAGUUUUUUGCCGCCCGGCGCGGCCACUGGAAAGGUCAGCACGAGGGGUCGGGGUCGCCUUUAGCAUCUGACCCUGUGUGGGAAGCUUCGCCCUCAGUGAGUGUUUUAGCGUUGGAUGUCGCAUUUUCGGGUGAUCUCCUCAAGAGAGGGGCCCUGGAAGUUCCACCUGUUCCACCUCCACCUGUUUUUGGUGGAGCCAUGGCAAACGCCACAGAGAUCCGCCAGCAGGAAAAGUCCAUGAAUGCCGCCACAAUCGAAGAGGCCCAGAAGGCCCAAGCGGCAGUGCUGGAGGCCAUCAAUGCGCUGAAAGAGUUCUACGAGUCCAGUGGCUUGGCCUUGGUGCAGAGAAGCAAAGAACCUGCCAUGACCGGUGCCUACGGUGGUAUGACCAGCGAGACGGGUGGCGUGGUCAGUUUGUUGGAGACCAUCUCUGCAGACUUUGCGCGCUUGGAGGCAGACACCAAAUCCGAGGAGCAAUCGGCCGCUGAGGAGUUUGACAAGCUGUCCAGCGACUACAAAAUCAACAAGGCUGAGAAGGAGACCGACCUGAAGCACCUGCAGUCAACCAAGGUGGAGAAGACCUCACAACUUGCCACCAAGGGCUCAGAGCUCCAGAGUGGUGAACAGGAGCUCGCUGCAGCUCUGCAGUACUAUGAGGAGCUGAAGUCUGGCGCCCUGGGGGGACCCUGCUAA